AUGGUGUUUGUGUUACGAUUCCUGCGGACUCGAAUUGGCAAACUUCACGAGUUUCUUCUUCGAAACAGUAAAAGGCUUCUGAUAUCUUCGCUACUCCUAGGCCUCGCCACGGGAAUUCUUCACUGGCUAUCCAUCCGCUAUCCGGCGCUCCCGAGGCAGCUCCAGGAAAACCUUCGCACCUUUCCGGUGCAAAUCGCUUUCUGCGCGUUGUCACUCCUGUCCUUAGGAAUCAUGCUAUCGGUCAGGCUGUACAAGCGUCACCUCGCGGUCAAAGCACGCCGAGUCCGAUCCGCCAUCCGGCAACGCUACAUCGACUACAUCGUGCUCUGUUUGAUGGUGAGCGUGGCCAACUCGGGCCGUCGGCAUCUUCAGUCGCCCGACAAGGAAGGACUCACUGUGACGCAGCUGGAAUGCUACCGGCGGGAAAUCGAAGCAGCCAUCAGUCGGUUCCGGGUCCGCGCGAGAAAGCUUCUAUACGAACCGCCCGCCUCGGUGACCUCAUCGACGCCCUUCCUCGAGCGCUACUUCCGACUUGACGGCGAACACUUUGGGGAAGAGAUCCUUACCCUCAAACGAGACGCCAACUCACUGGUGAACGUACCGGCCAUCAAAGGCUUGCUGGAUUGCUAG